UUGAGUUCCACGAUUCUGACCAAAAAGAGAAAAGAGAAGAGAAGUCUCUGUUGAAUUUUGUAUUGCAUCGAUCGGAGAAUGGCGACGUCGAUGAUACAGAGGAUGUUCAAGCAAGGCACCAAGAUCGUCUGCGUCGGCCGUAACUACGCCGCUCACGCCAAAGAACUAGGCAACGCCGUCCCCAAGGAACCAGUUAUAUUCUUGAAGCCAACAUCAUCCUACUUAGAAAACGGAGGAACGAUUGAGAUACCACAUCCUUUGGAUUCACUUUACCAUGAAGUGGAACUUGCUUUAGUUAUUGGACAGAAGGCUAGAGAUGUACCUGAAUCUAUUGCUAUGGAUUACAUCGGAGGAUAUGCCGUUGCUCUUGAUAUGACUGCUCGGGAACUCCAAGCGUCUGCCAAGGCAGCUGGUCUCCCAUGGACGCUUGCUAAAGGACAAGAUACCUUCACUCCUAUCAGCUCUGUUCUGCCAAAGGCGAUGGUGCAUGAUCCUGACAAUCUAGAACUUUGGCUUAAGGUUGAUGGUGAAACAAGACAGAAGGGUGUGACAAAAGAUAUGAUCUUUAAGGUCCCGUACCUCAUCAGCUACAUAAGUUCUAUAAUGACCCUUUACGAAGGAGAUGUCAUCUUGACAGGCACACCAGAAGGUGUUGGACCUGUAAAGAUAGGUCAGAAGAUAACGGCCGGGAUCACUGGUUUAUCUGAAGUUCAAUUCGAUGUGGAAAGGCGUGUGAAGCCCUUGAGCUCGUAGGUUAUAAUUUCUUUUCAUACAAAAUGUCAAUCUUACAAAAUCAUCUCUUAUUUUAAUCAAUUACAGUGUUUUCCUUACACUUGAGAAGGGAGAAUGUAACGUUUUAGUAAAACUUGUACCUCUUUCAUUUGUAAUUUCUAAUAACAGUGGCUUUAUGAGCGGUUUAGAUUGUUUGUAUGUUGAACCAUUUGGAAAGUUGUGAUAUUUAUCAUUGGAAUCGGCGAGAUUUGAUG